AUGACCAGCUCAGAGCAAGACAUUGAUGCACUGGAGCAGAGGCAAGCAAACGAACCUUCCACUAGUAGUUCUCAUUGCCCAUCUACGCCGAAAGAAGAUAACAACAAAUCAGUGUUAAUUCAAAUCGUUGAAUUCGGAGCAAGCUUACACAAAAAGUAUGUUGAAGGCACUUCCAUGUCACAACAAGAAAUAGAUAUCAUGAAGAUUUCGUUGUACUUCGGGUAUAUGAUACUGUAUGAUUGCUGGGAUGUAAGCUACGGCUUUAUCUUUCCUCUCACAAUUAUUGCUGUAUCCUCUAUAUUGAAGAUCUUAUCUUGCGACAGUAAAAAAAACAUGGUCCGUCGCAUAUCCUUGAUCUCGUGGAUGUUAACAAGAACGGUCAAUUGGACAGCAUCUUUAACGAAAACCAUGAAAGUGUUUGUCACAAAUACUCAAGGAUGUUUAAACCUAGUAUCUCCAAGUCUAAUUUACUCUUUGAAGCACAGCUUAAAACAAGCCUGGCACGCUUAA